AUGUCCAAAGCUAAUGUAACAAGAGCCAACAAUCAAUCUUGUGUUUCACCAGAAGGUCUUGGCUGUAUACCACGAAGAAGAAAUUAUUCCAACAUGCGGCCGAUACUCAUUGGCAACAUUUCUGGGUCGACUGGAGACCGACUAGAUGGUCUACGUUCAAUGCUACUUGGGGCAUUAAAGGUUGACGCGAUCACUGGGGACUGGCUCUCCGAAUACAAUAUUGGUACACGCGCACUGCAGAAAGGGUUUCACGGCGGCAACCCACGGAAAUUUGCAUUGCAGGUUGCUAAAUUACUAACCCAGAAUGGGUUACAAAGAAAAGUGGCUUUUGUUACUGGAGAUGAUGUACUCAGUGAUCUAGACUCUCUCAACGUACAGCCGCUGGAGGAGACAGCGGAACCCUUCCAAAAAUUCCAAAAAUUGCAUGGAAAAAUACUUUCAGCGAAGGUCUACAUCGGGUCAGCUGGUAUUCAACCCGCCCUUGAGCAAGGCGCAGAUUUUGUUACUGUUGGUCGAUGUACGGACGGAUGUUACGUUUGCGGAGGAUUCUUUUCUGGUUACCAGGAAAUGGGCCAACAUCACUUUGACUUGUCCUUUCCGAUCGCUGAAGUAUUUGCUGAUGGGACAGCCAUCAUUCAAAAGCAGCCAAACCAAAAUGGAAUGGUGACAGUUGAUACCGUCAAGACACAAUUCGUGUACGAACUGCAAGGCACACACUAUCUGAAUCCGGACGUCAUUGUAGACUUGACAAGCGUUGAAUUCGAACAGUUAGGGAAGGACAAGGUCAUGAUUCAGGGGGCGAGAGGGCUACCGUCUCCAAAGACUUUGAAACUCGCGGUGACGGCUGAAGCUGGUUAUCAAGUUGAAUUUUAUGUCCUGAUUACAGGACUUGGAGCUGAGGUAAAAGCCGAGAGCUUUAGAAGUCAGUCCAUGAAGAUGAUCGACACAUCCAAAUUGAAACGGCUCGACUUUCAGCUGCUUGGGUCCCCUCGUGAAGAUCCGACGUCACUCAACGAGGCUACUGCAUUACUACGUGUUUUUGCCCAAGCAGAUGAUGUGGCGGUGCUCACGCGCGGUCAUUUUCUUGGGCCGCUGCUGAGCAAUCAACUGCAAGGGUUUCCGGCUUUGACACCGAUUCUUGACUAUCGCACUGCAGAUCCCAAGCGAUCUGUGAGAUUGUACACAGGGCUCGUCCCCAUUAGCAACGUCACCGAAAGGUUGCAUUUGUUAGGGCCAGCGCCGGAGUAUUAUGAAACUGCCUCCAAUGUCCAGCCAUUGAAUCUAGAAAUGUGCUUUGAUAGCACACGGGUGAAUUUAUCACGUCCAGCGUUACUUCAACACAUGGUAUUAAACCCGCCAGUUGCAUUUUCUGGGCCUACCAUAAAGGUUGCGUUGGGAUCACUACUCUACGGACGCUCUGGCGACAAAGGACCCAACGUCAACGUAGGGCUAUUUUUUCCUGUCAAACAUCAGACUGAACAGAAAUGGCAACGGCUUCGCACGUGGCUCACCACUCCAAAACUUAUAGAGCUGAUGGGCAAUGAUUACUACCUCGGCCUAUCCAUUGAGCGGUGCGAGUUCCCCCUCUUACAAGCCGUACAUUUUGUCGUUCACAAAUUACUUGGAGGUGCUGGUGACGGGGGAUUUGUGGAGUUUCUUCGUGCCCGCCAUGCUGAAGUUCCGAAAGUGAUUCUGGAUGUUCGAAGCCAGAUUUGA